UCAGCCCUUUCGCCGCCCUUUGCCCGACUGCACACGCAUCGUCCAGCUGUUACACCUGUACUAUUGCGAAUAGGUAUUUCACCCAUGCCGGAUCUUGCCUCGAAACAGCUCAACACGUCGAGACAUGGAUUUGCGUACAAACUGCUUGCGUCCCAGCCAUCAUCCACUGUUCAUUCUGGCGUGGGAAUUUGUUGCAAUCUUCACCCCUUCACACAUGAUACAAAUCCCCCAACAAAGCACACCUCUGACGGGGAAAAGUUGACUAUGGCGCUACCAAUCACUAUUUUCUUAUUAAUCCGCCCUUGGUGCUUCGGUGGAGUCAAACAGUAA